UUCUUGCACGUGUCUUUUCCUUCACGUGCGCGUGUAUACCGGAAAAGAGGCGCAUUCACUCCAACAUGGCGGCGUGUAACGUCGACGAGUUGCUGGCCCAGGCGGAGCAAGACGAGGCGGAGAAGCUCCGGAGCAUAACCGUCCACAAGGGGCUCGAGCUGGACUUUGACGUGGGCAACUUGUUCGCCGUCGACAAGAACCGCAUCGAGCGGCGCGACUUUAAGGUGCAGAGCAAGGAAGACUUCCUCCGCUCGCUGGCCCGCGACAACACGCAGCUGCUCAUCAACGAGAUAUGGAAGCUGCCCACGCAGAGGAUCCAGGAGGCCGUCGUGGCUCAACUACCCACGCCGACCACUGCCCUGCCCCGGGAGAAGCCUCCGCCUAAACCCAGGGCUCCGACCCGAUGGGAGCAGUUCGCCAAGCUGAAAGGCAUCCAGAAGAAGAAGAAGACCAACUUGGUGUGGGACGAAACGGCCAAAGAGUGGCGGCGUCGCUGGGGCUACCAGCGGGCUAACGACGACACCAAGGACUGGCUCAUCGAGGUGCCCGCGACCGCCGACCCCAACGAGGACCAGUUCGCCAAGCGCGUACAUGCCAAGAAGGAGCGUGUGGCCAAGAACGAGUUCAAGCGGCUGAAGAACAUCGCCAGGGCGCAGAAGUUGACCCUCCCCGGCGUGGGCUUGACCCCCGUGGCCAAGCAGUCCAAAGACGAGCUGGCCAAAGCGGUGAGCGUGGCCCUGACCUCCACCGCCUCCCUGGGCAGGUUCCAGGACAGGCUCCCUAAGGAGAAGCCAGCCAGGGCCGCCGGCGUGAAAAGGAAGUUUGACCCACUCAUUGGCGACUUAUCCUGCGAGAGGCAGAAGCAGCUGGAGCUCCUCAAGGUGAUUGACGGCAAGAAGCCCAAGAUAGACAUCACCAAGGCGGUCAACAAGCAGAUGAGAGAGGACGACCAGGACGCUUCUGCUGCCAAAACCAAGAACAAGAACAACAAGAAGAAGCCGGGCAGGAAGGGGCCGAGGGACAGCAUGGCAGGCAAAGGGAAGGGUAAAGGAAAAGGCAAAGGCAAGGGAAGUGUUGGCAGAGGCAAAUCUCCAGGAGGAAAGUCCAAACCUGGGAGGCGUUGAAAGGUGUGUUACUUCCCCAACAUUCACAUCAACUGACUCUGAGGCUCUGACCGUUAAAUCAUCACCUACAAGCCUGCAUCUGUAUUAUAAUGAAACAUACACAACUACAGAAAAUAAACAUUUUCUAAGCAUC